AAAUCUACUUUUGAAUAAAAAUCUAUUCUACGGUAACUAUUAUAAUAUUGUCUGAAUAAUAAAUUUAGAAAAUAUAUUAUCACAGCUGUCCCUUGAUUUAUGCUAUUAAAUUUGUAGUUCAAAAAUAAUGUGGUUAAUGAUAGAGCGAUAAUACAAAACUUUGAAAUGUCAAAAUUAAAAAUGACUUAUAUUAUUCCAAAUAAUCUUUGGUGGAUAAAAAUGGUAUGCCCUCCAUUGUCCAUCACGAAUUCCAAGAACAUAUUUUGGAAUGGACUAAAUUUGAGAAAACAACAUAGUAAAGUUUGCCAUAAAAAUAAGAAAAUUUUGAAUAUGGAUACAUUGCAAGAACAAAUAAGUAAACUAGAGAAUAGUGACCCUGGAAGCAUUAGGGAACAGUCAAAACAAAUCAUAAAGGAAAUCGCUGAGGGAAAGAGGACUGGGGUUUGCUUUGUGACUGAAGCCGAUAAUGAUGAUUUGCAUGCAGCAGGUACAACUCCUAUCACAUUUCUCCGCCAGGUUCUUGUUCUCUGCAUGUAUCCUACACUUCUGCAAGAUUCUCGGUUUUCGGAAGAUGCAAAGUGCAGAGCCAAAUGCAUCCUAUCAAGUAUCAAAGGCUCCAGUUUAGGAUCUUGUCCCCACCACCUAGGAUUACCUCUCAUCAGAGAACAUAUAGCUGAAUAUAUUUCAACAAGAGACAAUGGUGUUAAAUCUGAGCCAAGUAAUCUAAUUCUACAUAGCUCAGCACAGGAUGCCAUCAAGAACACUUUGAAAUUGUUCGCGAGAACAAUAGAUGGGAAACCCACCGGAGUCCUUCUCCCUAUUCCACAUCCUCCCGUUUAUAGUGCAUGGUUGUCUGAGCUAGGAUUAUAUGAGAUAGGAUAUCAAUUAAACGAGAAAAAGAAUUGGAAUUUCAACAAAAAACAAUUGGAAAAAAGUAUAGCUGAUGCUCAAUGCCAUUCUGUACCGAGGGUUCUUGUGGCAGUAAAUCCUGGAAAUCCUACUGGUCAAGUAUUCUCAAGACAGAAUAUUACAGAAAUCAUCAAAUUAGCUCACAAAGAAAAACUAUUCAUCUUGGCAGAUGAGAUUUAUCAAGAAAAUGUGUAUAGUGAGACGUCUGAGUUUUAUUCGUUCAAAAAGGUGAAGCACGAGCUUGGGCCACCAUUCGAUAGGAUGGAAUUGGCUUCUUUCCUUUCGGCAUCGAAGGGAAUCUAUGGCGAGUGCGGUUUGAGUGGCUGUUGUGUUGAAUUUGAUGAAAUUGAUGAAGAAGUAAGGGAGAAAAUAAAAAUAAGUCAUUCCAACUUAUUAGGUCCAAAUAUGGUUGGCCAGGUGGUGUUGAGUUGCAUGGCGAAACCCCCCACUGAAGAAAAUGACAGUUUUGAAUUAUAUCUGAGAGAAAAGUGCUGUAUUCUGACGGGACUGAUGCAAAAGGCGAAAUUGGUUUCUGACAGACUGAAUGCUAUUCCUGGCAUAACAAUAGCUCCAAUUGAAGGUGGACUGUAUGGCUAUGGUAAGGUUGAAUUACCGAAGUCGGCUACUUAUGAAAACCUUGAUCCGAGUGAACUAUGGUGCAAGAAGCUACUGGAAAGCACAGGCAUUCGUUUCACCCCUGGAUCGGCAUUUGGCACAAUACCCGAUUCAUAUUAUUUCAGAAUCAGUUUUGUUCAACCUUUUGAGACUCUGGAGAAUAUUACGGAUGCAGUGAAGCGACACCACUUGGAGUUUUUGAAAAGCUACAAGAAAUGAUGAGCUGAUAGUGUGUGAUCGAAGUGAAAUCUGUCAUUUUUGUCAUGUAUCCCUUCUGUGAAGAAUAAUAAAGUAUCUUGUCAAUAAAGAAAA